ACAUUGGCUAGGAGCUCGUGUCACUUUUUUUUUUUUUUUUUGCUUUAUUUUUCUUGCUCGUAGCAUUAUUCAUAUAUUAAUUUUUCUGCCAACAUGGCCUGUGAGCAAAUUAGCUACCGUAAAUCAACGAGGGUUGGGAUUAUCGGGGCUGGUAUCAGCGGCAUCGCUGCUGCUAAACAGCUCUCCCAUCAUAAUCCCAUCGUUCUCGAGGCCACUGAUUCAAUUGGUGGCGUUUGGAAACAUUGCUCAUUUGCUUCCACUAAGCUCCAAACUCCUCGAUGCGAUUUCGAGUUCUCGGAUUACCCUUGGCCUCAAAGGGAUAACUCCACUUUCCCUUCUUAUCUUGACAUCCUCCACUACUUGCAUGCUUACGCUACACACUUUGAUGUGUUGAAGUUUGUUAGGUUCAAUUCCAGGGUGGUUGAGAUUCGCUACAUUGGCGGCGGCGACGGCAGAGAAACCACUAACUUGGAUGUGGCGGCUGGACCUGGAGAGUUUGGACCUCUUUUGAGUGGCCAUCCUGUCUGGGAAGUCGCUGUGGAAACACAUCCAUCAAAAACUGUAGAGAGAUAUGGGUUUGAACUACUGGUGGUAUGCAUAGGGAAAUAUGGGGAUAUACCGAAAAUGCCAGUUUUCCCUCCCAAUAAAGGCCAAGAAGUUUAUGGUGGUAAAGUUAUGCACACCCUCGAUUAUUCUAAGCUCGAUAAAGAAGUCGCCCGAGAGUUGUUGAAAGGCAAGAAAGUCGCUGUCGUUGGCUAUAAGAAAUCUGCCAUUGAUUUAGCUACUGAAUGUGCCCAGGCAAACCAAGGAGCAGAUGGACAACCUUGUACAAUGGUGAUAAGGACACUACAUUGGACGGUUCCAGCUUACUGGAUUUGGGGUUUGCCCUUUUUCUUGUUUUAUUCAACAAGGUCUUCUCAGUUUCUCCAUCAAAGGCCAAACCAGGGGCUGGUCAGGAAUUUGCUUUGCCCUCUUUUGUCUCCUGUGAGAAAAGCAGUCUCCAAGUUCAUAGAGUCUUAUCUGGUGUGGAAGCUUCCAUUAGUGAAGUAUGGACUAAAACCAGACCACCCCUUUGAGGAAGAUUAUGCAUCUUGCCAAAUGGCUAUCCUGCCUGAAAAUUUCUUCUCAGAGGCAGACAAGGGAAAGAUCAUGUUCAAAAAAACACCCAGAUGGUGGUUUUGGAAUGGGGGACUCGAAUUCGAAGACAACACCAAGUUAGAAGCCGACGUGGUGCUCCUCGCCACCGGUUUCGAAGGCAAAAAGAAGAUCCAAGACCUGCUGCCUCAACCCUUCUCGAGUUUAAUAGUCGACUCGUCGGGGAUCAUGCCCUUAUAUAGGGGCACAAUCCAUCCAUUGAUCCCAAACAUGGCGUUCGUGGGGUACAUCGAGAGUGUUUCGAACCUGCAGACGGCUGAGCUAAGGUGCAAAUGGCUGUCGAGACUGGCUGAUGGACUGUUCAAGCUACCUAGCAUCGAGAAAAUGCUAGACCAAACCAGCGAAGAAAUCGAGAUCAUGAAGAAAACGACUCGGUUCUACAAGAGGCAUUGCAUUUCUACAUUCAGUAUUAACCACAGUGAUGAGAUUUGUGAAGAGAUGGGAUGGAAAUGUUGGAGGAAGAAUAAUUGGGUGUUGGAAGCUUUCGCUCCUUACAGCAGUCAAGAUUAUGGAGAAGAAGACUAGUUAAAAAGAAAUAUUUUGAUUAAUUAGCUAAUGAAUAAAGCAGUAUAUCUAUAGAUAUAUGAUAAUUUGCCUUGUUGUAGUGACUAUAAAAUAGUUUUUCAUCCAUCUUCAUGUAUGAUUUGCUGAUUAAUAAUGAAAAAGUUUAGAAUAAA